UUCAAGUCUACGUUCGCUCCACGUGCAAGAUUGACAAUAUGUUGUACCUUGUGGGACUUGGUUUUGCAGACGAGAAGGAUAUUACGGUUAAAGGACUGGAGAUCGUGAAGAAAGCCGAGCGCGUGUAUCUGGAAGCCUACACGGCAGUUUUGCUUGUCGAGAAAAGUGUGUUAGAAGCCUUCUAUGGCCGUCCCGUCAUCACCGCCGACCGAGAAAUGGUCGAAUCGUCUAGUGACGACAUCCUCCGCGACGCCGACAAAGUAGAUGUUGCAUUCCUCGUAGUGGGCGAUCCAUUUGGCGCAACAACUCACACUGACCUUGUCCUGCGCGCGCGUGAGCUCUCUAUUCCCACCCGCUCCAUCCCAAACGCGAGCAUCUUGACUUCAAUUGGUACAACUGGCCUCCAACUCUAUAAUUUCGGGCAAACUGUCUCUAUGGUCUUCUUCCUCGAUAACUGGAAACCGGUGUCUUUCUAUGACCGCAUUAAAGAAAAUGUUUCCAUUGGCUUGCAUACACUCGUCCUCCUAGACAUCAAGGUCAAGGAACAGAGUCUGGAAAAUAUGGCAAGGGGAAGGAAGAUAUAUGAGCCCCCGAGGUUCAUGACCGUCGCACAGUGUGCGCAGCAAAUGCUAGAGAUCGAGGAGGAGGUUAAGAAGGAGGGUGCGUACACAAAGGAGAGUUUGGCGGUUGGUGUUGCAAGAGUUGGAGCUGAAGAUCAGAAGAUCGUUGCUGGUACGCUUGAGGAACUGUGUGAAGCUGAUCUAGGGAGGCCACUGCAUAGCCUGGUAUUACUAGGCCGGAGGACACAUGAUCUAGAGAGGCAGUUCCUCGAGGAGUUUGCAGUCGACAAAAAGGGGUUCAAUGCUGUGUGGAGCCGAGACUAUGAGAGGAAGACGUGAUUCAAAAAUACGCUAUGAAUAACAACUGGACGGGCUUCAGGGACUAUUCUCUACCAACAAGGAGACUGGGGUGGAUUGGUCCAUAUUGGCCUGUGUUGUAAAACGGGACCAUUCAUCGAUAGACCCAUCGCCUGACUAUCGUAAAAA